AUGAAUGCUUCCAAACGUGGACAAUCGGACAUAGUUAAAUUACUGCUGGAGCACAAGGCUGAUGUGAACUUGAUAAACUCAAACGACAAGACAGCCCUGUGUUAUUCUGUAGAAAAUGGUUUUGUUGAGAUUGUAAAGCUGCUGGUAGACAAUGGCACAGAUGUUAACAGUACAACGUUUACUACACCACUACAUGAAUCGUGUAAACGUAGAUCAUUUGAACUUGUGAAAAUUUUGGUAGAAGCAGGAGCUGAUGUGAAUAAAAAAGAUAUCUCAGGAGACUCCCCAUUGUGUAUAUCAGCUGAAAGGGGUAAAAUCGACAUAGUAAAAUUUUUAGUACAAAAUGGUGCGGACGUUAAUAUAGGUAAAACUCCUCCUCUAUUUUAUGCUUGUGACAAAGGUUAUUUUGAAAUAAAAAAGUAUUUAAUAGACGCUGGAGCUGUUGAAAUUUUAAGGAAUGUCAACUACACAGUAAGUCCAUAUGGAGAGACGGCCCUUUUGUGUGCAGCAAGUAGAGGUUACUCUAACAUUGUAGAAUUGUUACUUCAGUAUGGCGCUGAUGUUAAACAGGUUGACAUAGAAGGGAAUACCGCGUUAAACUUAUCAAUACUAGGUACACAUGUAGAAACAGUUAGAAUUUUAUUACAAAAUCAAUUUGUUAAUGAAAAAUCAAGUAUAAAGCAAACAAACAAAUCUGGUCGAUCUACUUUAAUGUUAGCUGCUAUGACAGGUCUAUAUAAAAUCGUUUUUGACAUUGAAAAAUUCAGUGAUUCCUCUGUGUUUGAUGUAGAUGGCAAUACAGCUUUUAUGUUGGCGGUCCUGAAUGGGCAAUUUGACACUGUAGAGUUACUGUAUGACGGUACUGUGGAUGUUAACUUUAACUUUAAAGGACAAAACGCUCUCAUGUUAGCAGCUAUUGGUGGACAUGAUAUAGUUGUGGAGUGGCUGAUUUCUAAAGGGUUUGAUGUCAACAAAACAGAUCACCAUGGUAACACAGCACUAAUGAUGGCUGGUAAAACAAAAGUUGUUGAGGUGUUGUUAAAACAUGGAGCAGAUGUUAACGUGAGUAACAGCCAGGGAAGAAAUGCACUGAUGGAGCUUUUGUCAAAGAAAUAUUUUAGGUCUUCGCAUUAUCUACAUGAAAUCCUAGAGGAUUUAGACAGUUCAAAACUAACCAUUAUGGAAAGGUUAUUACAGCUGACUAACGAUUUAAAUGUAAGAGAUAACAGUGGUGAAACAGCAAUUAUAAAAGUUAUACAAUACAACAAAUAUAUUAAUUUAAUUAAUCAAAUUUUAGAUCACCACCCUGAUGUCAAUAUAGUAGACAAUGAUUGUAAUACACCUCUAAUGCUAGCUGUACAAAACCAAAGUGUAGAAAUUAUAACAAGAAUACUCUCUUGUACACACGAUGUUAAUAAUAAAAACAAUUUGGGUAAAACAGCGUUAAUGUUGGCUGUAGAAAAAAAAUCAUUGGAGAAUGUCAAACUACUUCUUUCCAAAUAUAAUGUUAACGUUAAUGAUGUAGACAAUAAUGGGAAUUCUGCUCUUAUGUUGGCUAUAAAGAGAGAGAAAGUUAGUUAUUCAUUCAAUAUGCAUCAACCAAGUGAUAUAAUACAGGAGCUACUUCAUCAUGGCGCUGACGUCAACCAUGUCAACAACAACAAAACCUCGGUGCUCAUGUUGGCUGUACAGAAGAGAUUUAUACCGGCAGGAAUUUAUAGGGACAUUGACAUGGGGGAUAGUGAAGGGAAGACGGCGUUAAUGUAUGCUGUAGAAAAAUCGUAUAAUAAAGAUGUAGUGCGGCGAUUGUUGGACAGUUUAGAAAAGCAAGAUGUACCGUAUGACUACAUUACAAACUGA